GGCAAACCAAUGUUCUAAUCUAAGUUCCCUCUACAAGACCGUGCCCCCAGCCAACCCGAGCACGACUGGCGCUCAUCGGCGAUUGCCCCAAUCACACUGCAUCACCUACAUUGCACCCAGGAAAAUGGCCGCCGCAGCGGAGCUCCCCAAGACCAUGUGGGCGUGGAGGAAGCACAAGGGCAACCCUGAGCCUGUCUGGGAAGAGGUCGCUGUCCCGGAAGUGCCCCCCAACGGAAUCUUGUGUAAAGUGCUGGCGUCUGGAGUCUGCCGCAGUGACCACUCCUUACUCACGAUAGAGAAACAAGCAGCUUGGUUUCAGGACAAGUACACGUUGGGCCAUGAAGGCUGCGGUCGGAUUGUACAGAUCAGCCAAGAAGUCAACGAGACCAGAUUCAAAGUCGGGGAUGUCGUCGCCCUGCACGCCGUCCCGGGAUGCCGGCAGGCCGACUGCCCGGAAUGCUCGCGCGACCUGUCCCAAAUCUGCGAGAGAGGCCACCACUCAGGCAUCGGCCAGGACGGUUUCCAUGCCCCCUACGCCGCCCUCGAUAUCCGUGGCGCUGUUCUGGUCCCUCAGGGCGUCACGCCUGCCGAGGCAGCAGUGGCCACCGACGCCGUGACGACGGCCUAUCACGCUGUCACCAGACGCGGCGAGGUUAAGGCCUCCGAGACCGUUUUCCUCUUCGGGCUCGGCGGCUUGGGAUUCAACGCCCUGCAGCUUGUCCGCAACAUCGGGGCCAGGAUUAUCGUCUGUGACAUUCGGCAACAGCGCCUUGACGAAGCAAUCAAGCUGGGUGUCCCGGAAGGUGACGUUGUUCCGGUUGGCCAGUCGGCGGUGGAAUUCGUCCAAGAGAAGGGCCUCAUGAUUGAUACGGUUUUGGACUUUGUGGGAACACAUGAGACUUUUGAUGCUGCUCAGUAUAUUGUCCGCCGUGGAGGAAAGAUUCUCUGUGUCGGUAGCAUCGACCCAGAGAAUACUGUUCACAUGAAAACGGGAACCCGAAAGAGGUUGAGCUUCAUCUUCACCUACGGCGGCCAGGUCGAGGAUCUGGAAGAAGUGCUUCGGCUGAUUGCGAAAGGAGUGAUCCGCCCUCAGGUUAAGCCUGGGAUAUUAAAGGACUUCCCGACCGUGCUGCAGGACCUGACGGAAGGAAAAGUCGAGUGCCGUGUAGCCUUGUUGCAGGAGUAGUUUCUCCAAGAUGUCAAUCCAUUAGGUAGAAAAACGAAAAGGAGGAACAGAUAGUC